AAACGCACCUCCCGUCAGUUGGAGUAACCUGCUCCCGGUCUGCGUCAACAACCGCUCCGGUGUGUUUGUCGUGUUGGUUCUGCACGUUACCGGGAGCAAGACCGACCGACCUGGCUGCUGUCCACAUAGAGGUCAAGUAAAGGACAGUCUUUACCUGUCGGCACUUGUUCACCUGUAGGCCGUCCUAGAUUUCUCUGACUGACUGCGAGCCUCCAUCGAUCCGGCCAGCCUCUCCAUCCACCGCUGCACUAUGAGUGUAUGAUGUCUGGUAGCAGCUGCUAUGGCCUGCAGCAGCGGUCAAGGCAAUGCCGAAACUCUGGAGGGUUUCCAUGAGGUGAACUUGGCCUCACCCACCACACCUGACCUUCAGAACCAAGCGGAGCAGCGUCCCCCUGUCCGUCACAGCACCCCGCCUGCCUCUCUGUACCGCACCCACUCUCUGGGAGCUCCACCUGCUGGCCGACCCACCUCCCUACGGGCCGACCAGCUCCCCACACAGCCGGUUUACUCAACUCCACGGCACAGCCACAAUGAAAUUGUGCAAGGCCAGGAGGCGGAGUCAGCCGAGGGCUACUUCCUGUCUGGAGAGGACGGGGAGGAGUGCAGCGCUUUGAGCGACAGCCUGUCGCGGCUACGAAGCCCGUCGGUGAUGGAGGUCCGAGAGAAGGGAUACGAGAGGCUGAAGGAGGAGCUGGCCAAGGCCCAGAGGGAUCUGCUGUUGAAGGAUGAGGAGUGUGAGAGGUUGUCUAAAGUCAGAGACCAGCUCGGCCAGGAGCUGGAGGAGCUCACCGCCAGUCUCUUCCAGGAGGCCCACAAAAUGGUCAAAGAAGCCAACGUCAAACAGGCAAAUGCUGAAAAACAACUGAAAGAAGCCCUGGGCAAGAUUGAUGUCCUCCAGGCGGAGGUCCAGGCCCUGAAGACACUGGUUCUCUCCUCCCCCACCUCCCCUGUGGGCGAGCUCCCCUCUUCAGGAGCCAAGACUCCCUUCAGGAAGGGCCACAGCAGGAACAAGAGCACCUCCUCCGCCAUCCUGGGGUCGCAGCCCGACCCGUCGGCCACACAGCCCAUCGUACGGGAAUGUAGAGAGGUGGACGGUCAGCUGUUCAGCGACUUCAAGGCGUGGAAGGAGGAGCCGACGCUGGACCGGCACUGCUGCUUCCUGGAGAGAGUUUAUCGCGAGGACAUCUACCCGUGCCUCACCUUCAGCAAGAGCGAGCUGGGUUCGGCCAUCUUGGAAGCCGUGGAGCAGAACACGCUCAGCGUGGAGCCGGUCGGUUUCCAGCCUCUGCCCGUGGUUAAAGCCUCAGCGGUGGAGUGUGGAGGACCAAAUGGGCGAAGAGCCGAGCUCGUCACAAAAUGUGCCCUGAGCGGUCAGACCAAAACCUGUAAGCACAGAAUCAAGUUCGGAGAUUCGUCCAACUAUUACUACGUGUCUCCCUACUGCAGAUACAGAAUCACAGCAGUGUGUAAUUUCUUCACCUACAUUCGCUACAUCCACCAAGGGCUGGUCAAACAGCAGGAUGCGGAGCAGAUGUUCUGGGAGGUGAUGCAGCUCCGCAGAGAAAUGUCUUUAGCCAAGCUCGGCUACUACAAAGACCAGCUGUGACGGACGGGACAGCCCCGCCCUCCAAUCACAGCAGACUCUGUGCUGAUGAAGCCCCGCCCUCCCCCGGGUUCUGGUUUUGCCUGCUGUCAUGCCCUCCCACCCCCCUUUUGUGUGAGUGUGUUUUUGUGUGUGAGAGGAAAAACUGUGGUUGUUUUCAAUCUUCACAAAAAAGACUGAGGUCAGUGGUCUGAUAUUUCCUUUGUUGAAACAAUAUUUAACUACAACUGGCAUGGAAAGAGAAGUUAAAAAUUGAAAUACGUUGGCAUUUAAACCCAUCUGAGGAGCUUUGACCUUUUUGCUUUUUUUUUCUCUCCCUUAAAUAUAAAAAGUGUAACAUGGCUGAAAAAAGUCAUUUCAAUUCUCAAUAACAGACUAUUUUCUGGAGAGAUGAUGGAGAAUUAGAGCCACUCUGAGGGGGGAUAUCUAACCAUUUGGAAAAAUAUAGUAUGUUGCGAGAAUAAAUCAUAAAACAAGGAAAAAAUGCACAAGUAAAAGUUAAGAUUUUGUGAGAAAAAUAUCUGACUUUCAAGAGUGUAGUUGUAUGUUAUGAGCAUAAAGUUGUAAUUUUGAACAACAAAGGGUCAAUUUGAAAGGAAAAUGUUUUAAUAUUUUGAGAAUAAAGAUGUAAUCUUAAAAGACACUUAUUUUAGAAGUCCAUUUCAGUACUUUGUUAAGGCGGGAACACCCACCUUAUAAUUGUUAACCCAAUUAUAAACAUAAAUAAUAUAUGAAAAUAUGACUAUUCUUGUUAAGUUACAGCUCAGUUUUCAAGGCUUAUUCUUUAGAACUUAAAAUAUUAUGACUUUUGCUGCAACUUAAUUCUCAUAAAAUUACAACUUUAUCUCAAAAUAGCAACUUUCGACAUUAUUUUCAAUAUAUUGCAAUUUCUUUUUGUAAAAUUAUUAUUUUACCUCCAGAUAUGGACUUUUUCCCUCUUAAAAUGAUGAUGUAAUUUCUCUAGCAUCUUAAUAUUACAUUCAAAAUGUUAUUUAAUAAAUAAAAAAUAAAAUAAAAACACAACUAUUCUAGAAAUCUCCCCAACAGUGGCCCUAUUGGUGUGGCUGAUGCCGUGCUGCUGAAAUUGAGCUGGUAUUAUAUGCGUAGUCAAGUAAAAUCAAGACACCUGCCAGUUAAUGAUGACCAAAUAAUCAAUUAUUGUUUACAUAAUGAAACUGUUUGAACUUGUUUUUAAUUUUAGUUUAUGUAGCAAAUGAUGAAGGCAGUCUGGGACAUUUAAGAAAGUACAAUUGGAUGCAAAGAUAAUCAGAGUUCAAACUUCACUGUAAAGCUCCAUUCAGACCGGAUAGGACAGGUGGGAUGAUGAUGACGUCAGUUAUUUUAAUGCCCUCUGUAGCGCAUAUGUGGUUAAUUUAUCACCCCCCACCCCGGUAAUUAUCUACGCGACAAUAACCUGCUGAUUUGCUGCAAACUCUCUGCUCCUCUAGUAAUUUAAAACCUGCCCGGAGCUUCACUGUAUUUUAAAGUGAAUCACUGAGUCGACUUUCAUCUUAGUGUGAAAUUUGACUCGUGGAAGAUGAUUUUGCUAAUCUGAUAGAGGGGAAACAUGCUAAUAACAACAUAUACAGCUUUCAGGGAACCAAUGUCAGGCAGGAAAAAGACAUCAGGAGAACAAGACCUCAUAAAAGCUCACGAAAUGUGCCGUUAAUGUCAGCUACAUGUAGGUACUGGUAUUCUCUCAUCAACCCCGUUUUUCACCUAUAUUUUUUUUUUAUUCGUUUAUUUGCAGUGGAAAUCAGAAAUAAUUAUAUCCUCGGGAAGUGUAGGUCAUCAGGCAGUAUCUUCCCUUCUACUCUCAUCGGUCGUUUUUGAUGGUUAAAAUGUCCAGAACGAUGCGUUAAACUACAGAGGAGCACAGUGAAUAUGUCCUUCCCCACAUCCCCCUGUAACGUUAAUCCCGUCCGAAUGGGGCUGAAAAAUCUUUGUUUGCAGGAAAAAGAACAGUUUAGUUGUUUCUUCAAGAGUUUAUUAUGUUGUUGUCGGCGUGAUUUCAGAUGUUGAUGAAGCUUCAGGCGAGUCGGAUUAAAGGAAAAAUUAAACACUACAUGAUGCCAGAACGUCAUGUUUCUUAAAAUACUUUGACAUGAUGUUUUAGCAUCUUCAGAUACUUCAAACAAAUAAAUUGCGGGAACAUUUGUAGAUAGUGAGCUGUGAGUGUGAGUGUGUUUGUAUGCCCGGUGUUGUGUAAAGUUCAUAAAUGUUAAUUUAAACCUGCUUCCACUCCUCUCUCUCUCUCUCUCUUAUUCAAAGUCAAUGUCACUCUCCCAGUUUGGUUUAGUGCCUUUUCUCAGACACUCUGAAAUAAAAACAGUAAUACCUCUGGAAA